GUCUGGUUUAUGGCAGCGGCGAGGCCCGAGCACAGCCAUCCAAGGGGGAUGCAUAACCCAGGUCGUGUCCACCCCAAAGCUCGAGUCCUCUAGAAGCCAUGGCUUUUCCUCUGAAGCUAGAGCUGGACAUGCAGGGGAAAGUAGAUUUGUUUCGGGCCCCUAUCGCCCAGGAGGCCGAGGAUCUUGUGUCCACCUUCUUUCCUCAGGAGGUCUUGGAGCUGAAUAGCCAAGUUCAGGAGCUCCGGCUGCAAGACCUGUCCAGAAUCCAUUCGGUGCCAACCCCGGAGCCCCUGGCCACCCCAGGCACCGUGGGAGAUGGGCCCAACCAAAAUCUGCCACCUCUGCAGACUCAGUUCUCCAUCGAGGUCCCAGCACUGCUUGGCAGCGGGGGACAGCGCCUGCGGAGCAACCAGCAUGUGAUGGAUCUGAUUGAUCAGGUAAAACCUGAGAUUGAGCUGCUGAAAGAAAAAUGCAACACAGUGCGGAUGUGGGUGCACCUGCUUAUCCCGAAGGUGGAGAAUGGCAACCACUGCAGGGUGUCUGGAUAUCCAGGAAGACACUGUGGACCAGCUGUGGACUGUGGAGAGCACAGCGGCCUCCUAUCUACACGACUUCUCUACCUACUACAACACCCGGGCCGAGUUGGUAUCCAAGAUAGUGAAGUACUCCCAAGUGGAAGAUUAUCGCAGCACUGUAGCAGAGGUUGACGAAAACGAGUACCUUAGUGUGCGCCAGAUCCUGCUGCACCUACGGAGCGAAUAUGCCACCUUGCAUGAUGUAAUCCUUAAAAACAUCGAGAAGAUCAAGACCCUUCGGAUCACCAACACUGAUAGCCUUUCUCCACCCCGCUUGCCUUCAGGAGUUGGCGGAGCUGUUUACGCACCUAGAAGGCUGGUUAUUAAUGACUCUAAGGCGAUAAAAUGACUGGAAAUGUGUGUUACCAUUUAGUUAGAAUUUCAUACAGCUCAUCCUCAUACUGAAUCAUCUUUUGGUAUAAUUUUUAUUUGAUUUUCCUUUUGUGAAGAGAUUGGGGACAAACCAUCAAGGAGAAAGGACUGCCAUUUUUAAAAGCAGCUUUGUAGAUGAAUGUUGGCCACGGUUUCUUUAUUAUGGCCUUAGCGACAUUGAAUGGUUUUAGGGGCUACUUAAAAACUAAAUCUUAAAGUUAAAUGAAGCUUUUCCUAAAGUUCUGCUAUCCUUUAAACUUUGUUCAAACUUACAGAAGUGCUCCUUUUACACCAUCAUUUUUCUUUUUUUGCAAGGAACGGAGUUUAAAGGGAUAUAUUUAAGUCAUUAUAUGCCUCCAGUUUAACAGAUUGAAAUAAAACUUGGUUAUAAAAUUUUGUGA